AUGUCCGCCAACGCCUUCCUGGACCUCGUCAAGGCCCGCCGCACGCAUUACGCGCUCGGCAAGGACCUGCCCGUGUCCAAGGAGCGGGUCCAGGAGAUCGUCAACACGGCCGUCAACCACGUGCCCUCGAGCUUCAACUGCCAGCCCAACCGCGUCGCCGUCCUCUUCGGCGCCGAGCACGACAAGUUCUGGGACAUUGUCGCCGAGACGCUCAAGGCCAUCGUGCCCGCCGCCGGCUGGCCCGCGUCCGAGGCGCGCGUCAACGGCUUCAAGGCUGGUGCUGGUUCGAUCCUCUUCUUCGAGGACCAGACCACCACCGAGGCCAUGCAGGCCAAGUUCGCCCUCUACGCCGACAAGUUCCCCGGCUGGACCACCCAGUCCGACGGCAUGCUGCAGUACACCCUCUGGCUCGCCCUCGAGGCCGAGGGCGUCGGCGCCAACCUGCAGCACUACAACCCCAUCGUCGACGACAAGGUCGCCGCCGCCUGGGGCCUGCCCGCGUCCUGGAAGCUCAACGCCCAGCUCGUCUUUGGCAAGAAGACGGGCGAGGCCGGCGAGAAGACCUUUAAGCCCCUCGAGGAGCGCGUCAAGGUCUUUGGCGCUUAG